AUGUUUUCCAGAUUCCGAAGCUGGUUUGUCAAGCAGCGGAACAGGUGCAACAAUUGCACCCGGUGCCAUUAUGCACCAGCACGGUCGGAAUGCACAGGAUCGGCCGAAUUUGCUGAUGCAGAAAACUGGACUCCCGGAGCACGUCAACACAGCCUACCCAGACCGCUGUUUAGCAGCUUCUGGUCCGAGCGAAACAUCAACGAAGCAGUGGAGAAAGCAUUUUUGAAACAGUUCCUCAAGGAGCAUGGGCUGUACAAUAAGCAUCAAACCAUUGAGCAGCGUCGACGGUUGAAGCAACUGCUCGAACUAGAGCAGCGCACGUUACUGUUGCACAGCGAGCAGUACAAUGUACGGCCGGAUGAUGAUGAGGUUAUGUCCGGGGUGCACUCACUGCAGCUAACCACGCAAAGCAACACCACCAGUCGGACCUGUUCGGUCGAGUUUCACUCGAUGCCAUUCCCCAGCCCCGAUCCGACACCCGACACUGUUCUGAGCUCCGUUGGGUCACGCCGAGUCUCCUCCUUGCCGGCGCUUGCAUUCGGUGCGAUGGAUCUUCCGCCCGAUGAAGUCACAGCUUCGCAUCCAACCGUCGCGCAGGAAGUGCAGGUAACGGAACGAUGGGAACGAAUUCUCGUGUGGAAAAUGGUCGUCCAGGGCGAUGUUCCGCCAUACUUAGAGACGGAGGUUUAA